CAGCAAACACUGUGCUGCAUCAUGUCGUCUUAGUUUGGCCCUUUAGAAAGGAUCCAGCACAGUAAAUAUGAUAUCAAAUUAUAAACCUAGCCGGUGUGCAUCGUUGUGGUUCCUGGCGUGUUUGGGAUGUGUGUUAGUGCGGUCGGGAGCGGAGGAAGACAGGAGCCUGGUUCAGGACCUCUGCAGUUACAAAUGGGAGGCUAUAGACCAAGAUAACAAAGUAAAAUAUACUCUAAAGCUCUGCCUGUCUUCACCAUCAACCAACUGUGGGCCCAAUGCUGCCGUAUGUGCUCAAGACCUCACCAGCAAGGUGGAGGAGUCGGUUGGUGACUCUUCCCUGCAGGAGCUCUCUGGCACCGUGCUUAAUUACAACAGCACAAAGAAAUGUCGCGAAGGCAACAACAACAUCCAGACCAGCAUCAGCUUCCAGUGUGGGAAGACUAUGGGGACUCCAGAGUUUGUUGCUGUUUCCCAGUGCGUGCAUUACUUUGAGUGGAAGACCUACACGGCCUGCAAAAAAGACACGUUCAAGCCACACACAGAGGUACCUUGCUACGUCCUAGACACGGAUGGCAAGAAGCACGACCUCAACCCUCUGAUAAAAGUGAACGAUGGCUACCUGGUGGAUGACGGUGACGACAACAUUGACUUCUACAUCAACAUCUGCCGAAGUCUCAACAGUCCAGAUAGAUCCUGCCCAGAGGGUUCUGCCGCCUGCCUCGUCACCGGUGGGGUCUCCUACAACGUGGGCUCUCCUAGCGGCCGGCUGGAGCGCGUGUCCAGUGACAGCUUGAGGUUGCAUUAUGAGUUACCAGAUGGCUCCUCUCCUCCUGAGAUCUGUAAAGAACACCAUCCUGCUGUCAACAUCACGUUCAUCUGUCCGUCAAAGAGACAUUUGGGCAGCACUCCUAAGAUGAUUGCAGACACAAACUGUCGCUACGAGGUGGAGUGGGUGACUGAAUAUGCCUGUCACAGAGACUAUCUGGAGAGCAAUUCAUGCAAACUGAGCAGCGAGCAGCAUGACGUCUCCAUAGAUCUCACACCACUCACUCUGUCCAUGUCGGACCAACCAUACUAUGCCCACUCGGAGUCCAGCGACGGGUCCGAGGGCUACAUCUACUACCUAAACGUGUGUGGCAAGCUCCCCACCACCGAAUGUGGUGAUGGAAAGUAUAUAUCAUCCUGCCAGGUGAAGAAGUCCGGACAGAUGAAUAAAGUGGCUGGAAAAUAUGAGAACCAGACAUUAAGGUAUUCAGAUGGAGAUCUGACUCUGAUUUAUCCAGAUGGCAAAACAUGCUCCUCCGGCUUCGAGAGAAUGACCAUCAUCAACUUUCAGUGCAACAAAACAGCAUCCAGCGACGGCCGGGGGCAGCCGGUGUUUGCAGGGGAGGCAGAUUGCACGUAUUACUUCGACUGGGAGACGUCUUUUGCCUGCAUCAAAGAGGAGGAGGAUCUUCUGUGUCAGAUCGCAGAUGGAAAAAAACACUAUGACCUCUCACCCCUUACAAAAUACCCUGAGACGGAUGUCGGUGAGAACUGGGAAGCAGUGGAUGUGAAAUCUGAAAAGUCUGAAUUUCGUUACUUCCUCAAUGUCUGCCACAAAGUUAUCAAGGCAGGAGGAGCGGCUGGUUGUCCAAAGGAAGCUGCCAUCUGUGCUGUGGGUAAGAACAAUAAGACCACCAGCCUGGGCAGCUUUCUCUCAUCUCCCCAGAAGACUAAAAUAGGAAAUGACAUCAGACUGUUAUACACCGAUGGAGAUUUUUGUGUGGGUAAUAAGAUAAGGAUCCAAACUAUCUUAACACUAAAAUGCAAACCAGGAGACCUCGAGAGCGCUCCUGUGCUUCGUAGCGUUUCGUCUGAUCGGUGUGUUUAUGAGUUGGACUGGUACACGGCUGCUGCCUGCGUCCUCUCGAAGACGCAGGGAGACGACUGCAAGGUGAACGACCCUCAAGCUGGGCUGGAUUUCGACUUGACGCCCCUCUCAAAACCUGACGGCGGCUUUUACAACCUGACCAGUGGCAGCUACGACUACUUUAUCAACGUGUGUGGUCCCGUCAAAGCGGCCACAUGUCCUGAGAGGGCCGGAACAUGUCAGGUAGACGGCAGCUCUUGGAGUCUUGGAGAGGCAAACUCCCGCCUGUCUUACUACGAUGGUCUGAUCCAGCUGACCUACAGCAAUGGUUCUCAGUACAACAACAAGGAGCACACGCGUAGGUCCACUCUCAUCUCCUUCCUCUGCGACCCAGAAGCUGGACCUGGAACACCUGAAUUCCAAGUUGAAGACAAGUACACCUACAACUUCCGCUGGUAUACAUCCUACGCUUGUCCUGAGAGGCCACAUGAGUGUUUGGUGACGGAUCCCAACACUCUUGACCAGUACGACUUAUCCAGCUUGUCACGCUCCACCUCCAGGGGAAACUGGGUGGCUAUGGAUUUGUCUGACAGCUUGAACCGGAAGAAGUACUACAUCAAUAUAUGUCGGCCCGUCCACCUCGUGUCAGGCUGCGACCGUGAUGCAUCUGUCUGCGAGAUGAAAUUCAUAACUGAGCAGGACUCUUUGAAGGAGGUAGUGUCGGUCAGUAACAUGGGUGUGUCCAAGCGAGAACCGGUCAUCGAGGAGCGGGACCGGCUCCUGCUGGAGUUCACAGACGGAUCGGCCUGCAUGUCAGAGGGCCAACAGCUCUUCUACACAACACGCAUCCACAUGGUCUGCUCCAGAGGCAAAACUCCUAUGGGACCACGGUUUCUGAUGAAGCAGAACUGCACUGCCAACUUCAUUUGGGAGACCAGAGCUGCUUGCGCCAUCCGAACCACCAACAAUGAUAAUUGUUCGGUGGUGGACCCCAACACCGGCUUCGAGUACAACCUUAAGCUUUUGGCCUCCAAGUCUGGAUACAAUAUAUCUGCUAAUGGGAAGGACUUCCUGGUGAAUAUCUGCUCCGAUGCUGCGGGAUGUGGAAAGGGAAUGGCUGGCUGUGAGCUUGAGAACGGGCAGCCCUCCAGCCCAGUCGGGGUGGAGGAGACCCUCCAGUACUCCACCGAUGGUGUUCUGAAGCUAAUAUAUAAAGGACCCCGGGAUGAUGUGACAGCAACUCGGGACACUUUCACCAUAAACUUUGUGUGUGAUCAAAACGCUCAAGCUGGCUCCAUAAAAAUGGUGCAUGAGGACUUGAGUACGUUUCCCAACCAUGUGGUCCAUGAUGUCCUGUUCGAGUUCCCCACUGCCCUGGCUUGCAUGCCUGCUCCAGUUGACUGCAAGAUCACUGAUGCCCACGGUAAUGAGUAUGACCUGAGUCACCUGAUCCGAGAUGAAAAUGACAGUCCCUGGAUUCCUAUAGACUCAGGUGUGCAGAUGUCGCGGAGCUUUUACAUCAACGUGUGCAAACCCCUCCCAACUCUAAAGGACUGUCCAGUGGGUCCUCUGGGUGCUUGUGGUGUGAUUGCUGGGAAAGGUUACAACCUGGGUUAUGUCCAGUCCAGCCCACAGUUGGCGGAUGACGGCUCCAUCAGCAUAGUGUACCAGAAUGGAGAUGUGUGUAAUUCUUCAUCCCGCUACUCGACACGCAUCAUGUUGCAGUGUGACGACAACCCGGGUUCUCCCAUGUUUGACCGUCAAGAGGGUUGUGAAUACAUCUUCAUCUGGAGGACAUCUGAGGCCUGCCCUGUCAGGAAGGCACAAGGUCAAAACUGCCAAGUCCAUGACCCCAAGACUGGUUACAAGUUUGACCUCAGCUCUCUGAAGGACAAAGAUUACCCUGUCGUCAGUGGCAAGUACACCUACCAUUUGUCAAUCUGCGGGGCGCUCCAGAAGGAUGUCUGCACCCACACAGACACCGGCAUCGAAUCGGUGGCUUCCUGCCAGGUGGAUGAAAGCAGUCACAAAACUGCAGGAAUGGCAAACCAGAUUCUGAACUUUGUGGGAGACCAGAUCAUCCUCAACUACACCAACGGAGACGUCUGCCAUAAAGUCUUCCAAAGAUCCACAGUCGUCUCCUUCUCCUGCCACCCUGACAUGCAUCCUGGUAAACCAGAGUUUAUCAAGGAGACACCAGACUGCACAUACCUGUUCAACUGGCCCACUGCUCUGGCCUGCGUCCCAGUCAAGACCUCCAGCUGCUCCUACAAUGAUGGUCAGGGCCAUUCGUACGACCUCUCCCCUCUGGCCAUGGACUCUCAGAACUGGGAGGUGGAGAUCUCCACUCAGGAGACAAAGAAGCGCUUUUACAUCAAUGUCUGCCGGUCGCUGGUGGACCAGGGAGGCUCGUGGAAAUGUCCCUCCAACGCUGCAUCUUGUGUCAAGGAUGGAGAUGAAUACGUGAGUCUGGGGCAAGUGGACUCUGGUCCUACGUGGGACAGGAAUGUCCUGAAGCUGAAAUACACCAGCGGUCAGGCUUGUCCAGGCGGAAUACGCAACAGGACCAGCAUUAUACGCUUCAAGUGCGACAAAGAUAGAGUGGAUUCCCGUCCGACUCUGAUCUCUGAGAUUGAGGACUGCGUCUACACUUUCCUGUGGUUGACGGCCGCUGCCUGUCCUCUGAACAACAACCAACACGACGACUGCAGAGUCACAAACCCCACUACAGGUCAUUUGUUUGACCUGAGCUCCUUGACAGAAGAUUUGGGUUACACUGUGUACGAUCAUCGAGAACAUAGGAAGAUGUACCGCAUGAACAUCUGUGGCGGUGUUAUGAAUACUGGAUGCAGCCCUGAAACUGCUGUGUGUAUUAAGGAUUCCAAAACGGCAGUCAGCGGCGGGAAGGUGAGCAGAACGCUGUCGUACAAGGAUCACGUGCUGGAGCUGACUUACGAAGAGGGAAGCCCCUGCGCAGCAAACCCUGAGCUGAAACACAAAACUAUCAUCCACUUCAUUUGCAGGCCAGCUAACGUGGGCUUGGCCCCUGCAGAGCCGGUCCUCAUCGACUCAGACGCUGAAACGUGCACACACUUCUUCUCUUUCCACACCCCCCUGGUGUGUGAACAGUCUGUGACGUGUUCGGUCCGGAACGGCUCUGCUCUGAUCGACCUGACGCCUCUCAUUCAUGUCACUGGGUUCUACACAGCCACAGAUGAAGCGGUGGAUCAAAGUGAUGAAUCUCCAGACUUUUACAUCAACAUCUGUCAACCUCUGAACCCCAUCCCCGGCGUCACCUGCCCGCCCGGAGCUGCUGUCUGUAUGGUUCCUGAUAAGGGACAGCCUGUGGAUAUUGGACGGACGACCACCGGACCAGAGCUCAAUGAAGCCACAUCUGAGGUGUCCGUGACCUACCACAGCUCCAGCCCAUGUGCAGCUGACCCAAAACAGAACUACACCUCCACAAUAAUCUUCACCUGCCAGAGAGGACUGGAGCUGGGCUCUCCACAGAUGCUGAGGCAGCAGGACUGUGUGUAUUUGUUUGAGUGGGCGACCCCAAUAGUCUGCCCAGAUGUCACUCACACCAGCGGUUGUCAGCUGACCGACUCCCAGCUCCAGUUCACCUUUAACCUGGAGAGCCUCACUGGAGAUGUCCAGGUACCGGGGGCCUCUGGCCUGUAUCACAUGAACAUAUGCGGCUCGGUGGCAGAGUCGGCCUGCAAGCAGAGUGCGGUUUGCCUCGUGUCUGGUCUUGGUUCCGACAAGACGGCUUCAUCAUUUGGCUACAGCAAGGCCAUGACAAUGGACUUCAAGCAUGAAGAGCUGGCAGUGUUGAUGCAGUACGGUGGAGGAGAUUCCUGCCCACCAGUGACCACUGAGGGUGACGUGUGCGUGUUCCCCUUCACUCUGCUCAACAAGUCCUACAACGAGUGCACAGACCAUGAAAUGACGGAUGGUAGGAAGUGGUGUUCCACCACUCCCAACUAUGACAAGGACCACAAGUGGGGGUUCUGCAGCCCAGCUCGUGGCAAGCGUCAGUCCUCCAUAUUAUUCACUUGUGACCACUCUGCGGGCCGCGGCUCCCCACAGCUGCUGUCGGAGACGGGAGGUUGUUCGGUCACCUUCCAGUGGGCCACCAGCGCUGUCUGUCCCCCCAAGAAGAUGGAGUGCAAGCUGGUCAGCCAGCAUCAGACGUUUGAUCUCCGAGGCCUCUCAUCCCUCACUGAGCCAUGGAAGUUCACGGGUCUAGGAUAUUCGUAUUUCAUCAACCUGUGUCAAGGGAUCCACGGUGGGCUGCAAGGCUGUCCAGACGGAGCAACUGUGUGCCGGCGCUCCUCGACAGGACAGACCCAGACACUGGGCCGGGCUUACACUCAGAAAAUGAACUACGCAGAUGGAAAGAUCAGUGUCAGCUAUUCAGCAGGAGAUGAUGUCUGUGGUAAUGGAGUAAAAGCCAGGACAGUGGUCAAACUUACCUGUGGUUCUACGGUUGGACACCCUUCACUCAUCAGCAUCAAUACGGACUCGUGCGAGUUUGUGAUUGGCUGGGAGACUCGCUCGGCUUGUGCAAUUAAGCAGCGCGAGGUGGAGAUGGUGAAUGGUACAAUACAAAUUCCUGAGAGUGGAGCCAGCCUGAGUCUGGGAGCGCUUUAUUUCAGUCCUCAUCAAGCAUCUGGAGACAUUCGGCCCAACGGCGACCGCUACAUCUACCAUAUUCAGUUGUCUGGCAUCACCGACGACUCCCUCAUCAACUGUUUCGGUGCCAACAUCUGCCAGGUUAAGCUGAAUGGAGACUACAGACGCAAGAUUGGCUUCUCCAGCAAAGCCAAGUACUACAUUAAAGGAGGAAACCUGGAUGUGAUGGUGCCCUCUGAGUCAGCGUGCGGGCGAGAGAGGAGCAAAAUGGCCUCAUCCACCAUUAUGUUCCACUGCAACCCGUCGGCAGGUGUGGGCAUCCCAGAGUUCAUGCUGGAGACGGAUGAAUGCCAGUACCUGUUUGUGUGGCACACGGAUGCUGUUUGCGGUCUGACAACUAUUGAAAGAGAGACGCAGGAUGACGGCAGCGCUGUCCCAGCUGCACGACGGAGCCAGGUGGUGGGGGUGGUGUUGAGCUUCCUGUUACUGGGUCUCACAGUCUGCCUACUCGGGCUCCUACUCUACAAGCGAGAGAGAAGGGAGCUGGUGAUGCAGAAGGUUGCAAGUUGUUGUAGAAGAGGAAACCAAGUUUCCUAUAAAUAUUCAAAGGUCAACACCGAUGAAGAGGGAGGUGAAGAUGAGAUGGAGUGGUUGAUGGAGGAGCUGGAAGCCCCUCCCUCAUCGUUCACUUCAUCCACGCAGAGCAGUAAGAGUAAUCAUAGCAACGGCCACAUCAGGACCAAGCCGGUGAACACCGGCGGUCUGCACUCAUUCUCGCUGGACGAGCAGGACGAUGACAGUGAGGACGAGGUGCUGAGCAUCCCGGGGGUACGAGUCGGCAAAUCCUCCCGGCUCUCCAGAAACUCUGCAGCUCAUCGCAGCGCCUUCCUGCAGGAGGAGAGUGACGAGGACCUGGUCGGCCUUCUCGAUGAGUCAAACAGGAAGAGGAAGAGCAGCAAACCUCCCUUGUCAGACAACAACCACAGUAAGCACAAGGGAGUGGAUGGGAAACAGGACGAGGAUGACAGUGACGAGGACCUUCUCAGGGUCUGAGCUCCCUUCCUCCCUGCUCCCAGUCUGAACUCCUCUCAGUGAAAAUCUCCACGAUGGCAACAGAACACCAACCACCUUUUGGAAGCAGAAACCUUUCUCUCUCUCUCUCUCUGCGGGGAUAUAUUUUGUUUGGCUGCACCUUUACUCGGCCUACUUGAACUUUUUUGUUUACCAUCUGGAAACUGCAGAUGUUGGUUUGUAUAUAUUGAAAGUUAUUAUUCAAACUAGCCCUCCAGGCCAUUUUGAUCUGCAUCAUUUCCCCCCUUGUGUUUUAUUUUCAUAAUUCAACAGAACUUUCUUCACUGUAGCAACAUUAGUCUCGACACAUGUAUCCGACAAAGACACGUGUGGACCGUUUCAAACUUCACCUGACACUGGAAGUGUCUUCCUCAACGUGAAGGUUCUGCAAGGAUGCAAAUGAAAUAUCUUUAUUUUAAGUUCCUUUUAAAUGAAGUCGUGCUGUUGUUUGAGCACUUGGAUCACCUGGAUGUGGAGUCUUGGUCUUAUAUUGGAAAACUAAUGAAAUUUGCAGCUGAGUCGCUCAGUAGUGAAACACUGAAGCAGAAUGUGGACGACGGGCGGCUGGGUUACGUUAGGAUGUAGGCGGGGGAGGUGUCAGCUGGUGGUGUUUGUGAAGGGACUGAAGAUAUCCGGCUCUCUUUUCUUGCUGUUUACUGUUGCUUCUGGAGGAGUUUUUUCCCCCCUCUUUCUUUUUUCUUGAAAAGAAAGUAUGAUGCCUUCCUGAUGAUGAAUAACAUUUUCAUCAAUGAAUUAUGUCUUGCGACAGAUUUACUUUUGUCUAGUUUUGAUCAGACAUUGUACAUAUAUGCUGGUGUUCUAUGAUAAAGGUAUGUUGUCUGUCAAUUGUCAUUUCCAGCGGAUUGAGCACACAUUUGUUUUUAUUUUAUUUAAAUGGUUGUCCGAGCGUUUUCUUUUGUGUUUGUUUGUUUGUUGGUUUAUCAAUGUUUCUCAGUUGUGUGCAAAAAAUGGAUGUGUCCUAAAUGUGAAUGAAUGUUCAGCUGAAGGGAAACUGCAGAUGUUGAUCUGGAUUUUGUUUGUUUAAAGUCCUCUUUGCUAAAGCCAUAUUACUACGGCCGCUACUGGCACUGAUGGGUAGACGUCGGGAUCACGUUCCUCCUCUCCUCCAUCAGAGGCUCAGUUGUGGUGUGCAGGUCUUUGAUUGUUGAUUUUUCUGGAAUGAAAAUGAGAUUUAACUCUGAAAAGCCAAUAUUUGUUGUGCCGAAACUCACCCUGUUCAGCCAAUUUGCAAGUGAUUGAAAGAAAGAAAGAAAGAAAGAAGUGAAGAAUAAAUGCUUCGUGUUAACUGACAUUUAACAUAGUUUUUAGCUCAGUAUUGACAGCAGUGUUUUGGUGAUAAUGGACAUGAAAACAACCACACUUCAGUGUUCACAGAAGUUGUUAUAAGCCCACAUGGUAUUUUGGAAAGGCUUCACUCCAGCUUGUCCUCGUUCAGUUUUUUUUUUUUUUUUUUUUUUAUUUAUUUUUUGGUCUCAACUUGAAAUGUUGAUGGGUGAAUUGAAUGAAGAAUGAAAUAAUUGACAGUUGUACAGCUGAAGAAGAACGUGUUAUCCUAACAGGAAACAAAAGAAGGACAAAAUGUUUUGCCUUCAACGGAUUUGGCUCCUGACAAAUUGAUCAGCUCUUCAAAAUGUUUUAUUUAUUUUUUUAAUUGCAGCUAAACAAUGAAACUGGCUGAAAUUAUUUACUUGCUAAGCUUUAUUUUCUUAAUCCUUUUUUUAUAUUGCUGAUGGGCAUAAAGAUGAGUGGAUACAUGUGCAGGUGAUCAGCUGAAGGGAAGUGAACUGAAGGUCAUGGCAGCCGUCGUUAGCUCUGUGUCCUCAUCACGCCAACAAAUACUACCCAGAUGUUCCCAGUUUGAGCUUCACCUCGACGCUCCUCAAGACAGGUGUUCUCUCAACUGGUCAGGUAAACUGAAAGGUGGUUCACGAUCCAGAGAGCGAAUAAAUCACUCCUAAAAGACUAAAACAAGUUGAAUGUAAUCCUCAAGAGCAGCUUGAUCCAGACCGAGACAAUAAUACAAGUAAUGAAUGCCAGACCGGGUACUUUGCAUUACGGGUGCAGACUGACUGUAUAAACUCACUAUUCUUCUCAGCGUUCAGUCUACAUAACCUAAAGUUAUUGACAAAAAACGUGUUUCUAUUGCAUUUCCUUUUUCAGGGUAUUUUAUGAAGCUUUGACCAAAACUCCCCAAGAAAGUUUUUUUUUUUUUUUUUUUUUUUUUUUUAUGCCCAAGAUGCUAACAAAAGAAUUAUCAGGAAAAACAAAAGACAUUUACAUGGGAGGUAUUUUGCAAAGACGAGUUUGGCUUCUUGCAUUUAAGUUCAGAACAAUAAACUGUUCUCAUGUUCUGACAUGAAACAACAUCGUAGAGGAACUAACAUUUGACAGAACCAGAACGUACCGCAUACAAUCCAAGGACUCCAAAGAUCAAUGAAAUAACUGAAUCCAUAUCCACAGGCAAAGUAUGAUUGUAAACCAAGCUUGUAUUAAAAUAACCUGGAGUGUGUCGGCAGUUGUGAUUGACUUGAUAAAGUUUUAUUGUCAUGCAUGUGGAGCAUUUGAGGAUGAACGCCGGAUAUCUUGAUUAAAGCUCGGCACCACAUUUCUGACACCAUUAGAACUUUCUAACCGAUCUGCUCUGAGGAGAUGUUGUAGCACUCCGUCACAGUCAGUUUAUGCUUUAUGUAGCCCCGAGGUUUGUGUGGUUCUUCUGCAUGGUACGGCACUGAGGCGUCUCUUUCUGAGAUAUCCCCAGAUUUUCUUGUGCUUUUUUUUUUCUUUUUUUUCUUGAGAUAAAUAUGAAGACAGAAUUGAACAAUGAAGGCCGGGGGAAGCACAAAAAACCUGUGAUGAUUCAGUACUAUGGUGAUCAUUAUCAUGUUUAAGUUGGUGUCGGUUAUGUUAUCUGAGACUUUUGAAGCUCUCUGCCUGUUUGCUAUUUAAAAGAAAUUUGAUGUGAAAACUAAUGCAUUAUUUGAAUAAAUGAGAUCUGCUGUU